AUGAAUAUAGAAACAGUUAACACCACGCCUUUAGAGAACGCCAACGGUUCUAAUAAUAUCAUUCAUCUAAAUAAUAAUUAUACAGUUAAUGAAAGGGAUGUCGCAAGAAUGGUUUAUACCGGAUUAUAUUCACGAAAAACGGCGACUCAAAGGCAUGUUGUUGAAACGUAUUUCGAUGCUAAUGCUGUUUUCGAGAAUCCAAUCCUUACGGCGGAAUCACAUAAUGAAAUAAUCAAUCUUUUCCUAUUAGUGUCAACAUUCUUUUUUGCCAUAACAACGGAGAUUCACAGUAUUACCGAUUCUAUAGUAGCUGGUAAUCAUCACAUAGUUUGUAUCGACUCUAUAAUCAAGUACCGGCUUCCCUUACGAUUUCCACCCAUUCCAUGUUUAUUAAAAUUAUUUUUACGUGGCAAUAAUAAUUUAUUUUACAUAUGUAAUAAUGAAAUUAGCUUGAGAUGUAUUUCUAAGUUUGAAUUCAAUGAGCAACAUAAAAUUGUUAGACAUGAAGAUAUUUGGAGUAUUAAAGAUUUGGUAGAAUCAUUACCUAUUGUUGGAUGGCUAUACGCGGAUGUUGGCAGGAAAACUACAGGAUUGGUAACUAAUGGAUUGGUUAAUUUGAUACAGGAAUUGGCUAGAGCCUGGAACAAUUUAGAGAUUUAA